GAAGUACUGAAAUUAUAAAUGAUUUGGUGACGAGCUGAGCUUGCAAUGCAGGCAAUAAAAACCGUGGAAAAAGAGGUGACUUUUAUAAAGGAAACGCUUUUCACAGAAUCCUUCCUGAAGCAGCAAGAGUGCAGCAGAAGCCGGGCGAGCAGGCAGCUCCAAGAGCAGCAGCCAUUGGAAGGAGCUGUCUGCAGCUCUCAGUGCUGCACUGAGCAUGUCCCAGCGGAGCCCAGUGCGAGCAGCACAUUAUGCAAAAAGGCAGCUCUAGCAGAUGGGAGAGAGGCACAGCAAGCGUUUGCUUCACUUGCAUCACCACCGCUUGAAAACAAACCUGGAUCGCUAGAGGGGAUCUCGCCAGCAGGCCAAAGGAAUGAAACCCGGGAGGAUGGCCUGAUUGCCGGAGGUGGUGCACUGCGAAAAAUCAUGGGGAAUCAAGAUGGGAAGCUGAAGAAAAAUACAGGUGAUGUGCAAGAAGGAGGAGAAGAUGCCUCUGGGCCCAAGGAUACGGACGGCACAAAGAAGGUAUCGGGAGGCAGAAGGGGACUGGGGAAGCAUGCAAAAGGAGGCGAAUCGGGUAAGAAGAAGGGUAAGUCGGACUCCAGGCCCUCUGUGUUUUCAAAUCUGAGGAUCAGAAAAAAUCUGUCCAAGGCUAAAGAUGGGAAUAGCAGUUCACGGGAGGAUGUUUUGGAAAGCCAGGCCUUGCAGCCUGGGGAGCUGGACAGCACUCAUUCAAUUGUAACCAAAACUCCCGAUAUAAGCAUCUCUGCAGACGAAGGGGGUCUCUCAGACACAGAUGCUGAACAUUUUGAAAUCAGAAAUGAAACUGUUCCAGCUGCUGCAGAGACACAGGAUGGACAAAGGACCAGCUCUGGCUCUGAUACGGAUAUAUACAGUUUCCAUUCAGCCGCAGAACAAGAGGAUUUGCUUUCCGAUAUCCAGCAAGCUAUUAGACUGCAGCAGCAGCAGCAGCAGGGGGCAAUUAACAUUGGAACUGAGGACCUCGCCACCAAAACAAUGGGCCGACACAUGGCUAAUUCUCAGGCAACCCCCUUAGAUUUUGAACGGUUUUUUUCAGUAGCUAGCACUGAGAGAGAGAAGAGCCCAGACACCGAGGGGGCUUUUCCAGCAGUAUCGGACACCGUGGAAAACAUUCCCGUCUCCUGUGCGACUGAACGUGAACCGACAGAAGCGGUAAAUGGCACAGGCUCUCCUGGAAACGGCUCGAUUGAAACACAAGAACAUCAGCCACUGAUUGAGGAACAGCUCGUUGCUGGAGUGGAUGCUGUAGCCAGCGAACUACAAGAUGGUUUGAAUAGAACUGCAGUAGAAAACGGGUCUCAGACACACAGCUCCACACAACCUUUUCCAACUUCAGUGGCAGAUGCCGAGGCUAAAACUGCUGAAGUGCAGGCUGUUGAUUUUCAGGGCUCAGUAACAGAGGGUGGUAGUUCAGAUGCAGGCCGUGAUCGUGCCGCUGAGACUCAGGAAGGGAGACGCGCUCUGUCAGGCAGUCAAGAGGAGCUGCGCAAUGGUUUGUCCACGGAAAUGAAAAAUGGCAGUUUGUCCUCUGAAGGAACAGCAGACAGCCCGAUGCUUGGUUCCCGAUGUUUUAAGCCCUAUCUAAUUAAUCCCUGUUACAUCAAAACCACAACUAGGCAACUGAGUUCUCCCAACCAUUCACCUUCUCCCUCCCCAUCCCAGAGCCCGCUUUUCACCAGGAGGCAGGAGUCCUUCCACAAGAAGGAAAAAGUCUCGGUCAGGAAGAAGAGGUCUGCUAGUUUGGCAGGUUUGUUCAGUCGCUCUGCCGACUGGACAGAAGAGGUGUCUAAUCACAAAAGCGAGGUAACGGAGAAGGUGAGCUCUGCAGACUAUUUGGAGCACAAGGGGUUUAGAGAGAAAUUUCAAACGGAAAGAGUGCCUUUGACUCAUUCAAGGAAGUCCUCAGGGGUCCAGGCUUCUACAGAGACAUUUCCCAAUGUCUUUUCAGGACGAACUCUGUUGGAAAAGCUCUUCAGCCAGCAGGAAAAUGCACCGCAAGAAGAAGCAGAAAAACUGUGUUCUCGCAUUAUUGCAAUGGGUCUUUUGCUUCCAUUCACUGACUGCUUCAGAGAGCCAUGUAACCAGAGUGCCAAGCAAAGCACGCCCACGUUUGAUCAAGACCAGCUUUAUACUUGGGCUGCAGUUAGCCAACCCACACAUUCAACAGAUUACAUUGAAGGAAGCUUUCCAAGGAGAAUUCCAUCUGCGUGGCCUCCACCCAAACCUCCAGAUGAAGAACAAAGGCUCAAAAUUUCAGAAGAAGAGUUGAAAUCUACAGUCCCAGAAACGGAGAAGCAAUACGCAGGCAGUGUUCAGCAAGAACAGGAGGAUUUUGAGGUGAAAUCUGAGGAGCGUGCCAGUGUCAUCCAGCAACUUGAGCAAACUAUUGAGGAUCUGAGGACAAAAAUUGCAGAACUAGAGAAACAGUUCCCUGCUGCAGAGGUACAGACUGCUGGGACGGAGCAGGAAAAUGAUCACGCACAUGCAGACUCUGGGGAACUCUGCAGUGUGACUCUUCAAAGGAAUGAAGAGGAGACCACACCCAGGACUGUGUCACAGGCGAGAUCCGUACAAACGUCACCAACAGAGGAUUAUUUAACACAUACAAUGCCUUCAGCCAGUGCACUGCCACAGCCACCCCCACCACCGCACUUAGAAGGGGGCAAAAGUGAAGGGCCUACUCAGAAAUUGCCAGCUCUAGAACUACAGCCCACAUUUUGUUCUGAAAUCUCCUUAAUUCUGUCACCGAAGCUAAUCUCAGUGCCAUUGGAUGCAAGCCAAUCAGUACAGAGUAUACCGCAGUCACCUCUUCCAGGACCCAAAGUUGAUUUGUCCCUUGCAUUUGAAGGAGAGACUGCAAUGUCAGUUUCCCGACAGCCUCUAAGUACUGUAGAUGUAACUUGCAGUGAACAUCCCCCUUCCUUGCCCCCAGAGCCCACAUGUAGCAUUCCCCCAUCACUGCCAGUAACUGAACAAGCUGCCUCCCUGUCUGGAGCACAUGGCCAUUCCUUUGUUACUCCCAUGUCUAUGGCAGGAUUGCCACUGCCACCACCCCUACCUGGCUCAGGACUCCCUUCUUCUGCUGUCCCAGCAGUGACACACCUGGACCACUCUUUCCCAGGUGCCAUGACGUCACCUGUCCCUCCUCCUCCACAUUUGCCAAGUGGGGAGAUACCAGUGCCGCCUCCAGCUCAUCUCCUCUCAUGUCCUGGAUUCCCUCCGCCACCUCUACCACCACCUUUGCCUGGAGCAGGAGUCCCAUCUCCUCUGCCCGGUUGGGGUAUUCCACCUCCCCCUCCACCACCACCUUUACCUGGAGCUGGUGUCCCUCCUCCACCACCUCCUCUGCCUGGCCUGGGAUUGCCACCCCCAGCACCACAGCUUCCUGGAGCAGGACUGCCACCACCUCCCCCACCUCUGCCUGGAGGGAGCAUUCCACCCCCUCCUCCUCCACCACCUCCUCUGCCUGGUGCAGCUGUACCCCCUCCUCCACCCCUGCCUGGUGCAGCUGUACCCCCACCACCUCCUCCACCACCUCUGCCUGGUGUAGGCGUGCCCCCUCCUCCUCCACCACCUCCUCUGCCUGGUGCAGCUGUACCCCCUCCUCCACCACCUCUGCCUGGUGUAGGUGUGCCCCCACCACCUCCUCCACCUCCUCUGCCUGGUGUAGGUGUGCCCCCUCCUCCACCACCUCUGCCUGGUGUAGCUGUGCCCCCUCCUCCACCGCCUCUGCCUGGUGUAGCUGUGCCCCCUCCUCCACCUCUGCCUGGUGCUGGUGUCCCUCCACCACCCCCUCCUUUGCCUGGGUUGGGGAUGCCUCCUCCAGCCCCACCACCUUUGCCUGGAAGUGCACCACCCCUUCCAGCACCAGUCCAGGGUGGAAGCUACCCAGCAGUCCCACAGGGCUGUGGUUUUCUUCCUCCUCCGUUACCAUCUGGUUUAUUUGCAAUGGGGAUGAAUCAGGAGAAAGGGAGCAGGAAACAUGUGAUAGAGCCUUCUCGACCAAUGAAGCCUCUUUACUGGACAAGAAUUCAGCUUCACAGUAAAAGAGAUUCUAGUGCUUCACUUGUGUGGGAAAAAAUUGAAGAGCCUUCCAUAGAUUAUCAUGAGUUUGAAGAACUGUUUUCUAAAACAGCUGUUAAAGAGAGGAAGAAACCCAUUUCGGACACCAUUACAAAAACAAAGACUAAACAAGUUGUCAAGUUGUUAAGUAACAAAAGAUCUCAAGCUGUUGGAAUAUUAAUGUCUAGCCUCCAUUUAGACAUGAAGGACAUUCAGCAUGCUGUUGUGAACUUGGACAACUCUGUGGUUGACCUAGAGACACUGCAAGCCCUGUAUGAGAAUAGAGCACAAUCAGAUGAACUAGAAAAAAUAGAAAAGCAUAGCAAGGCAUCCAAGGAAAAAGAAAAUGCCAAGUCUUUGGAUAAGCCGGAACAGUUCCUCUAUGAACUCUCGCUGAUUCCCAACUUUUCAGAACGUGUGUUUUGCAUCCUGUUCCAGUCAACAUUUUCAGAAAGCAUUGGUUCAAUCCGUCGCAAACUUGAAUUGUUACAGAAGCUGUGUGAGACAUUGAAGAAUGAAUCAGGAGUUAUGCGAGUUCUGGGUUUGGUUCUUGCCUUCGGAAAUUACAUGAACGGUGGAAACAGGACACGAGGACAGGCUGAUGGGUUUGGACUAGAUAUCCUGCCAAAACUUAAAGAUGUCAAGAGCAGUGACAACAGCAGAAGUCUUCUGUCGUACAUUGUCUCAUAUUAUUUGCGUAAUUUUGAUGAGGAUGCUGGAAGAGAGCAAUGCAUCUUUCCUCUUCCGGAUCCACAAGAUCUCUUCCAGGCUUCACAACUGAAGUUUGAUGAUUUUCAAAAAGAUCUCCGCAAAAUGAAGAAAGAUUUGCGAGCAUGUGAGACAGAAGCAGCAAAAGUUUAUCAGCUAUCACUAGAAGAGCACCUACAGCCCUUCAAAGACAACAUGGAGCAAUUCAUUAGUCAAGCCAAAAUAGACCAAGAAAAUGAAGAGAAGUCACUGACAGAAGCACAUAAAAGCUUUUUGGAAACUACAGCCUAUUUCUGUAUGAAACCAAAAAUGGGUGAGAAGGAGGUGUCCCCACAUUCUUUCUUCAGUAUUUGGCAUGAAUUCAGUUCUGACUUCAAAGACUUCUGGAAGAAGGAAAACAAACUUAUUCUUCAGGAAAGGGUCAAAGAAGCCGAGGAAGUCUGCAGGCAGAAAAAGGGGAAGUCGCUAUACAAUAUUAGACCAAAACAUGACUCUGGAAUUAAAGCAAAGAUAAGUAUGAAAAUCUGA